AUGAUAGCCGCCAAGAAGGAGGAACGAUCCAAGCUUUCUCCCAAGCUGGAUUUCUAUUGGGUGACAAACGAUUCGGGUCUCGCCCCUAAUAUUUCUGGUGGACGACUGUCGUUGGCCUUAUGCAAAUCGCAGAUCAGGAAAUCAGCCUCGGUGGGUGACAUGGCCAUCGGUCUUCACAAUGACAAAGUUUCGGGUUCGAAAUAUCUCGUAUAUGUCGCAUGCUGGAAGGAGGUGAUAAGCUACGACGAAUAUUACCGAAAAUGUCAUGACGACGCCAACCAAGGAGGACCGCUCGGGUUCAAGAUACCGCUACCCGGGUCCACAUCGUACCAUCAUUAUGUGGGGAUUGUGGUUAUCGUGAAGGCGUUUGGGUGA